CGCGAGUGACAGUGGUCGCAAAUUGCAUUUGCGACCCGGACAUGUUUGACGCUGUCAAAUCCUAUGUGCUAGUAUACGGAUGCCCUCAGGCUGAAAUAAACCAAUAAGUGGUCGUUUCGUUUCAUUUCUUUUUCUGUGUCUAAAUAUCGAUGAGUGAGCCUGCGUUUGGUCGUAAAUAUUACUAGCAUAAAAACCAGCAAAAACAUGCAGGAGAAACUCCGCCAGGAUUGUUUCAUUCCGGGCUGCAGCUCGCAAAAGGGACAUAUAAUGUUUAUGAGCGUCCACAAAUGCGACGGUUUCCAGCGUUGGUGGAGCGAAACCGGUUGGGUGCAGCAGCAUCGGAUAAACAGAACCAUUCGCAAAACUACUCGGGUCUGCGAAAAACAUUUCGAGGAGAAGUACAUUGACAGGAGCUAUAAAAUGCCUCGUCUCUUUCCGGACGCCUGGCCGACGAUGUGCAUAGAGGAACCGAAACCGGAAGAAACGGAACUGUUUGUGCCAAAGCCCAAAAGGGCUGAUGGGAAAGCGAAAAGUAUAGAUCCUAGGUCAGAAGUAGAUCCAAAAAUGUAUUGCAGAUUAUGUGGCAACAAUGACGAAGGCCCAAUGGAAGGCCAGUUGGAUCUUUUCAGGGAUGGAGAAUUUUUUUUACGAUUAUGUUUGGGUGAAUACUUUUCGAGAUUGGAUCUACCACGGGGAAUUUGCAACAAUUGUACAGUGACGGUCAAAUCAUGUCUAGAGUUUCUGAGAAAAUGCGAGUUGACACAACACAAACUAGAUGUAUUGUUCAGUCCUAGCGGGGAGCUCAACACAGAGCCCGAAUGCGUACUACUGAAUGUAGAGGUAGAGGAGCUCAAACAAGAGAAACAAGAACUGGAUAUAAAAGAGGAACAGUUUCUGGGUGCUGAAAAUGAGCAUAACCAUGAGUCAGACUAUAUUAUGGCAGAGGUUGAUCUAGUUGAAGAUAUGAUUGUGAAUUCUCAGCCAUCAAAUAAUUCGAACGAACAAUGUGGAAGUCGUAACGAAAUCAAUCCGGAUUAUACACCCACACCACCAAAGAAUUCUCUCAAAAACCUGUCCGGUCGGAAACUCGAAUUUCCCCAACCGAAACGAAGAACGAAAUCAGCCGCUGACUCAAAACCUAAACAGUCACGUUCGACAUCGGGAGAAGGCAGCAGGAUAUGUCCGAUCUGUGGUAAAACUAUCGCGCAUAAAGGCAAGUUUACUUCACACAUGAAAAUGCACAGCGACGAGAAAGAUUAUGCUUGUAAUAUUUGCGGAAGACAGUUCAUCAUGCGGAGGGAGCUUCGGAUGCACAUUGAAUCGUUGCACGAGAAGAAAACAUUCGUUUGUAACAUAUGCGGGAUCAAGUGUGGCUGGAGGAAAGCACUGCAAAGACACAUGAAGAACAAGCAUUCCGACGAGAGCACGUUCAAACACAAAUGUACGUACUGUGGCAAGGCUUUCCUGCUGCCAAAUCAGUUACGGUUGCACGUAAUGGGACACACGGGUGAUCGAAUUAGAUGCGAGAUUUGCGGUGCAGGUUAUAGGUACAACUAUAUGUUGACCCAGCACAAAAUACGAGAACAUGGCAUGGAGAUCAAGGGUGUUAAAUUGCACAAAAACGGCAACCGAUCUCGUAAAAAAGCUGAGUCGAAGCAAGUCAUCCUGUCAUCAGGAUCUUCUCAGUAAUCCCAACCGGAAAGCAAUGCCGAUACCAUAUGAUAGUGCCCCCCUCAGUUAUAUAAUAAUGUUAAUAAAAGUUUAUUACCUGUUAUCGUAUUCGCUAGACGGACAAUUUCGAUGUUCUGAACUGUGCUCUCACGUUGAGGGGGAGACUUCGACCUGGAGAGUCAAAAAAAGUCACAGUCACACACGUUUGGACCGCACGACCGCAUAGUUGACGUAGGAUUCUGCUAGGCUAUCUGUUGCGUGCUGAUUGUUGAUAUGUUUGAAAAAUUACUUCGUUAAAUUUUCAGUAGCAGCAGGAUAUCGCAAGCGAGCAGAUAUUGUAUUUCUCCCGCUGCGAAUAAUUGUUGUUUACGUCUCACUUUGUGUAUAAUUGUGCGUGUAAGUUUCACGGGGCGCCGCGCAGGUCGUGGAAGUGAACUUUACCGCGAUAAGGGGAACAAGAACAGUCGGCAUCUUCGAGUGGCGCGGAUUCCCCAUCUGUGGCCUGGGGCCAUGGCAAGCGGACAUCCUCGUCAAACCAGGGGAAAAAAAAGCUCAAAUGCCUAGAAAUUCUCGUGACGAAAUCUGUUUUUGUUUUAUUGUUUUCUUGUUAAUUGCUUGUCCGUAUGUGCAUGUAAAAUGGAU